AUGGCCGGCUUGCUUAAACGUAUUUAUGAUUGGCUCUUGCGUUUGUUUUGGGCGGCAGAGAUGGAUAUUACGAUGAUCGGGCUGCAAAAUGCAGGCAAGACCUCGUUAUUGAGAGUACUGGCGGGCGGAGAAUUUACGAUCGACUCCAUCCCGACCGUAGGCUUCAACAUGAAGCGUGUUCAAAAGGGCCACGUUACGCUGAAAUGUUGGGAUCUUGGGGGCCAGCCCCGUUUCCGGUCCAUGUGGGAGAGAUAUUGUCGCGGCGUCAACGCCAUUGUUUUUAUCGUCGACUCGGCAGACCGUGAAGCACUACCCGUCGCUCGAGAGGAGCUCCACUCCCUGUUGGAAAAGCAGACCCUCGAGGGAAUUCCGCUCCUUGUCCUCGGUAAUAAGUCGGACCUUCCCAAUAAAUUGUCAGUUGAUGACUUGAUCGACGCCCUCGAUCUAAAAUCUGUCUCGCACCGUGAAGUCAGCUGUUACGGCAUUAGCGCCAAAGAGGAGACCAAUCUGGACGCGGUCCUACAAUGGCUGAUUGCGCGUUCCAGCAAAUGA